UACGUCAUCAGUCUGCGCGCUAACACAAAAAUACAUGCAGCUAAGGAGAUGUAAGCCGAUAGAUGUGUUUGUAGAGAGGCUUGAACCUAGCUACCUGGAUUGUGCCAAGCGAAGACAGGUUGCUAUGACUGUCGCUUGCUUUGUUUUGACAUUUUUGCUGACACCGUUAUACGUGUAAUUAAUAACUUGACUUACUUGAAUUGACUCAGUUGUACUGCAAAGCAUUGAGCACUGUUGCGUCAGGCUGAAACUUAUUUACUUAUUUAAAUAUUUUUUCUCCGAAAAACAGCGCUUUUUUUCAGAUAAAUGCAAUACGCUUCCGUAGGAACGACAGCCCUUUGUCUGGAACGAUUUUAUUGACGCUGUCUAAAAUGCUCCGGAAGUGACCUUGUGAACUGCAGCGCUGCCACUUUUAAGUGUGCUCGUUGCGCUGCAGCUCUAAGCCACAGAAACAAACUGCAGCGGACGGAGAUAGCCGACUUUAAAUCACUGAACGUUAGCUGAUUAGAUGUUAUACGUUCACAUUUAUUGACGCACAGUUAGACACUUCAGUAAGCCACAGUGACACGUCAAUUAGCUUGGCUAGCCGUGUUAGCUAUCUAGCAUCCUUUCCCUGGCGUCACUUCCUACUUUUGCAACUCGCGCCCAGAGAGCAGCGAAACAGAUGGAGUUACAAGUGGGAACUGAACCAAUGUCACUGGGCUCUCCCACCUCUCCCAAGCCGGGCUCUGGAGCUCAGUUUCUACCCGGCUUCUUGAUGGGUGACCUUCCAGCUCCAGCUUCUCCCCAGCCACGCACCUUCAGUCUGGCUACGCCUAUUAUGGAGAGCACAGGUGGGGGAGGCUCCGCCCCACAGCCUGUUGUUCCUACCCCCAAGGAUAAGAGUGGAGCCCCACCUGUUCGCAGUAUUCAUGACGACCGGGUUACUGUUACUGCAACCCCCCUCAACAUGCACAGGCAGUGUUUUCCAGUUAUGCAGUCUCCCUUGUCUGCACGUGGGGCCUCAACUCCAGGAACAGGUAUGCAGCAGGUGUGCCUGUCUCCUGCUCAGAUGGAUCCUUUCUAUAGUCAGGGAGAGUCUCUGUCAUCUGAUGAUCAAUUGGACCAGACCUGGGUCACUGUGUUUGGUUUUCCUCCAGCUUCAGCCUCCUACAUUCUGCUGCAGUUUGCUCAGUAUGGAAACAUCCUCAAACAUACGAUGGCAUCUCCUGGUAACUGGAUGCACCUUCAGUAUCAGUCCAGACUUCAGGCCAGAAAAGCAUUGUCUAAAGAUGGAAAAGUGUUUGGUGACGCCAUCAUGGUGGGAGUCAAACCCUGCAUAGACAAGAGUGUGAUGGACAGCAGUAUGGCCAUCUCUUCUCCCCUGUCCUCCUCUUCUGUCCUCCCAUCCACUCCUCGCUCAGCCAUCAGACCUCUCAGCGCCACUUGCACAAACUCUGGCAGCGACUACCAGGUGGUAGCAGACAGACAGACACCCAGGAAGGACGACAGUUUUGUUUCCAAGGCAAUGGAGUACAUGUUUGGCUGGUGACAUUAUGCAGUGCAGCCUUGUAGGAGAGAGGGGAAUCAAUGGACAGAUGGAUGAACUAAUUCAUUGCAGUGCAUAUGUAUGCGUGCGCAAGCAUGAGGUGGAAGGUCUUUAUGUCUUUCCCUUUCUUCUUUUAUAAUAGUAUUUUUAAAUGUUUUUGAUUCAAUAAAGGUUUUCUCUGGUUUGAAUUCA